AUGAAUCCUGAAACCCCCCAAGAACCCCAAUCCCCGGGAUAUACCCUCCGCACCCACCGACCCGGUGAUAUAGGAUGGAUAAUCCACCGCCACGCAACACUCUACGAACAAGAAUACGGCUGGGGUACAAAAAUGGAAGCGCUAGUAUGCAAAGUCGGCGCAGAAUUCCUCGACAACUACGACGCAUCCACAGACCGGUGCUGGAUCGCCGAGCGGAACGACGAGUCCCUCGGCUGUAUAGUUCUGGUCCGAGACAGUGAGCUCGUCAACACGGCCAAGUUACGUCUCCUCCUUGUUGAGCCCAGCGCGCGGGGCCUUGGGCUCGGUCGUGCUUUGAUCGAGCAGUGCACACGGUUUGCGCGCGAGACGGGGUAUACGCGGAUUCGGCUUUGGACGCAGAAUGUGCUUGUUUCGGCUAGGAGGCUGUAUGCGAAGGAGGGCUAUCAGCAUGUUAGCUCUGAGGAUUAUGGCGUUUUUGACCGCAUUUCAUUUCUGGUACCGCCGAACCUUCCUCGCCAAGACCAGCUACGAAGACAAGCGACGAAGAGAGUGAGAAAAGACGAUGUGGGCCGUGAGGCGUCUUUAACUUUCAAGCAGACUGAAACUGACGACGUCCGGAAGUCCGCCUUGAAUGCGUACCUCCCUCAGGAGCCCGACCAGUACCCGGAUAUUCCGGAAGUUGUGGGUACCAACAAGACAGCUGGGACGCUCAUGGGGCCUAAGACGAAGCAGAUGAACCUUGGAAGGAGUUACUGCAGCUGA